GGUGAUAGAUUUCACUGCUAGUUGGUGUGCUCCUUGCCAGACCAUCAAGCCGCUCUUUGAGAAGCUCGCGGAGGAGAACGCCAAUGCGAACUUCCUCAAGGUUGACCUGUCCGAGGGAACGAACGAGCUCGCCUCUGAGUACUCCGUCACUGCUAUGCCAACCUUCGUUUUCCUGGUAGGCAAGGAGGAGGUGCACAGGAUCCGUGGCGCUAACCCACCUGCCCUCAAAUCAACUGUCACCCAGUACGCCCAACCCGCAUCUUCUGGUGCGUUUUCUGGUCAAGGCCGGACCCUUUCGGGUAAAAGUGGAUCUUCAUCAUCCGCACCUACUUACAACGUAUCAAACAGCUUAACUACCAGAUGGUCGAACAUGAACCCUCAAGUGAAAGUUUUAAUUGUACUUUGUGCGGCAUAUGUAUUUUUCUGGCUGGUGUAGAAAAGAUCGGGUUUGCGGAAUCAGGUUUAACGCUUGGUGUACUACGUACAGAUACGACUACGGAUACAUCAAAUAUUUAUCGGAUUUGGGCUUGAUGAA